AUUACACAAUGUGUAUAUACACGUGCUGGUGGCAUCGGCUCCUGGAGAUAUGUCACAUGUUCGUCUCCAUUGGAGGCGCUGAUAGGGCUGGAUGUUGGUGGGCAAAUACUGUCGGCAGCAUGCGCGAUUUUCCCCUACCCAAUCAGGACGAUUGAUUGACGAUAGCACCAAGACCACGCGUUUCUUACCUGACGACGACCGGACAAACUCAAAGCAUGAUCGAACACUUCACUUGACAAACUUACUACAAGACCAAGUCAUCAUGACGAGAAGAACAACCUCCACUGGACACGCCGCCGCCGUUCUUCUCAUUUUCUUCUUCUUCCUCUCCGAAGCAGACCCCGACGCCAUAGACACAACUCAGAGCAUCACGCACAACAACACUUUGAUCUCCUCAAAGGGCAAGUUCGAGCUCGGAUUCUUCACCCCUGGAAGCUCCAACAAAUGGUUUCUAGGAAUCUGGUACAAAAACAUCACCGUCAAGACCGUUGUCUGGGUUGCCAAUCGAGAAUCUCCAUUACCCAACACUGCAGCUUCACCCGCAGUCCUCAAAGUCAUCCCGCCGGGAUUUCUGGUUCUUCUCAGCGCCACCAACACCACCGUAUGGUCUUCCUCCAACAAAUCCACAAGAAUCGCGAAAAAUCCCGUCGCCCAGCUGUUAGACUCCGGGAACUUAAUUCUCCGCGACGCCGACGACCGCCGGCCGGAGAAUUACCUCUGGCAGAGCUUCGACCACCCGACAGACACACUCCUGCCGGAAAUGCAAUUGGGCGCGAAUUCCGUCCCCGGCGGGGACAACUACCUGUCGUGCUGGAAGAACAGCGACGAUCCCGGCAACGGCGACUACACAAUUCGAUUAGAUCCCGCCGGAUAUCCACAACUGAUCACGAAACGGAAUGGCACUGAGGUUUACAGAUUGGGGCCAUGGCUCGGCACUGUCUACAGCGGGACGCCGCAAAUCAAGAAAGACAUGUCGUACAAGUUCGGGAUUUAUAGAAACAAAGACGGCUUUUUUUAUUACAGGGAAGACGCGAUCGUCCCGUCGGCUGUUCUGACGAGGUACACUCUGAGUCCGAACGGCGUCGGACAGCGCUGGCAUUGGGUGGAUCCGACGCAGAGAUGGGUUCUCUACAUGAGUAAUCCCAUCGACGAUUGCGAUGCUUACGGCGCCUGCGGGGCGCACGGCAGCUGCACCGUUGGGGAUUAUCCGGUGUGUUCGUGUCUGGACAGGUUCAGGCCAAGGGAUCCUAAAGUAUGGUCUGAAUCUGCCUGGUCGACGAGUGGAUGUGUUCGGCAAACGCCGCUGGAUUGCGCAAAAGGGGACGGAUUCUUGCGGUAUUUGGACAUCAAGUUCCCCGACGCGAGGAAUUCGACGUACAAUGAGACAAUGUCGCUCGAGGAAUGCCGCACGGCGUGCUUGAAUAACUGCUCUUGCAUGGCGUAUUCGAGGUUGAAUAUUAGUACAGGUGGCCAUGGAUGCCUUAUGUGGUUUGGUGACUUGAUCGACAUUAGAACUUUGCCAGCUCCCGGACAAUUUCUUUACGUCCGAAUGGCUUCAUCGGAGCUAGACUCGAACAGGAAGAUGAAAUUGGCCGUAAGUUUGGUGACGGUAGGAACAUUUUUAGUCGGCAUUUGUGUGGUUUUAUAUGUCUGGAGGACGAAGAAGAAUAGCGACAAGGGCGAAAAAUCGGGUAUGUCUGUGGCUGGUGUUUCUGAAGAUAAGGACUUGGAGCUACCGAUGUUUGGUUUGUCGACAAUUUCGAAAGCUACAGAUAAUUUUGCGUCGCAAAACAAGCUCGGAGAAGGCGGAUAUGGUCCUGUUUAUAAGGGUGUUCUGGAGGAUGGACAAAAUAUAGCCGUUAAACGGCUAUCGGAGACAUCUAGACAAGGGCUCGACGAAUUCAAGAACGAGGUGAUCUGCAUCGCGAAUCUCCAGCAUCGAAACCUCGUAAAACUUCUGGGAUGUUGCAUUCAAGGAGACGAGAAAAUGCUAAUAUACGAAUUUUUGGAGAACAGAAGCCUCGACUUGGCUUUAUUCGACAAAACGAGUCGAGCGCCCCUCGACUGGCCGCAGAGGAUCCACAUAUUAAAUGGUAUCGCGAGGGGGCUUAUGUAUCUUCAUCAAGAUUCUUCGUUACGAAUAAUUCACAGAGACCUCAAAGCUAGCAACAUCCUGCUCGACGGCGAAAUGAACGCGAAGAUUUCAGACUUCGGCAUUGCAAAAAGCUAUGGAGGAAAUGAAACCGAAGGUCUAACUAGCCGAGUUGUCGGGACAUACGGCUACAUGUCGCCGGAAUAUGCAGUCUCCGGCCGAUUCUCAGUCAAAUCAGACGUGUUCAGCUUCGGAGUCAUCCUGCUAGAAAUUGCGAGUGGUAAAAGAAACAGUUCGUAUUCCCACGGAGACCGGAGCCUCAAUCUUCUAGGACAUGCAUGGAUGCUGUACAGAGAAGGAAGAUCGAUAGAAGUAGUCGACAGCCAUCUUCAAGAGUUGGACGACUUAGAAAAGGCGGCACGGCUAGUCCACAUUGGGCUGUUGUGUGUGCAGCAGCACCCCGACGAUAGGCCUAGCAUGUCGUCUGUGGUGGCCAUGUUGAGCAACGACAACGAGCUGCCUGCGGCAAAGCAGCCGGGGUUUUUCGCGGGAACGGAUGUUCCUAGGUCGAGCGGAAGCGCUACAAGUUCGACGAACGACGUGACUAUUACCACGCUAGGAGGGAGAUGAUCGAUAGGGAAUUUGAUAUAAUACUCAUUUUACUUCCAUAUACUCUAAAUUUUUCUAAUUUCGAUUCUACUCAUUUUUUUUUUUUUACAAAAAUUGAAUUAUUCUUCAUCUUAUGCCUUAUACGAAAUUACUAAUUCUUGUGGCAAGACGUAACGUAGAAUUAUCAUAUUUGAAAAGUGUCUUCAACAUUUUUCGAAGAACUAUAUAGCCAUUUUCGUGGUCGUCUUACAAAACAA